ACUACAACCACCGCCACCAACACCAUUACUACUACUAGCACUACUACUGCCACUACCACUACCACUACUACUACUACCAUCACCACUACUACUACUACUACUACCACCACUACUACUACUACUACAAUCCCCACUGCCACUACUAUCAAUGCCAAUGGUUUCAGAGAAAACACCUGUAUUUCCUUUACCUCUGACAGUGAUCCAGCGUCAGGAGUUCAAUCCCAGCUCUUGUUCAUUCUUCAUUAUCUCAUUAUGGGCCUCAGAUUAGCCCUCAAGAAGCUUUGGCUUCUCCGUAACAUCUUAAUCGUGGUGCUCGUCCCAUUGUUGCUCUCCCCUAUACCAACCCUUGUGGGCUCAAAGGAAGCUAAAUGUGCCUACUGUAUAUUACUGAUAGCCAUCUUCUGGAUCAGCGAGGCCCUGCCCAUAGCCGUCACUGCGCUCCUGCCCCUGGUGUUGUUCCCGAUGUUGGGGGUCGCUGAAGCAAAGUCCAUAGCCGGAAAUUAUGUCAACAACACAUCAAUGCUCUUUGUUGGUGGACUGAUUGUUGCCAUUUCUAUAGAAACUUGGAAUUUGCACAAAAGAAUUGCCUUGCAUACACUCCUUAUAUUUGGAACAGAACCUAAAAGGUUACUGUUUGGUCUGAUGUUCACCACAUGGUUCCUAUCCAUGUGGAUUAGUAACACCGCCACAACUUCCAUGAUGUUACCCAUUGCAGAUGCCAUACUGGAGCAAUUAAAAAAUGCGGAUGUAAAUUUAAAUGACCCUGAUCGUGAAGGAGAAGAACUGGAUAAACUUACUGUUUUAGAAAAGACAGAACGGUCAGUGGGAACAGAUGAGAAGAGUUCUGCUUUAAUGAAAGAAAGCUUCUCUUCCAGGAAUUUUACCAAAGACAAAUCCUACACCAGACUCUGUAAAACCGUUUCUUUAGCCAUUGCUUAUGCUGCCAACACAGGAGGCACUGCUUCCUUAACUGGAACUGGGCCAAAUUUGGUCUUAAAGGGACAGUCAGAUAUGUUAUACCAUGCGGCAGGUUUACCCUCUGUGGUGACAUUCGCUACAUGGAUGAUGUUUGGAUUACCAUUGGCAUUCGUUAACUUGAUUAUAAUAUGGGUUUGGCUAAUUAUCUUUCAACUACAUCGAUGUCGCCUAAAAUCGUGUGUUGGAACCAAAGUCUCAAAGAAUGACACCAAAGUCAGAAAUAUCAUUGAACAGCAACUAAAAGCGCUGGGACCAAUUUCAUUUGCUCAAGUUCUCAUUGGUUUCUGUUUUGUACUCUUGGUUCUGCUCUGGAUCACACGUGACCUGCAGCAGGCUGGAGGCUGGCGACUGCUGUUCAAACCCAAGUACGUGACAGAUGCUACACCUGCCAUCUUUGUGGCCGUUCUUCUGUUCAUUUUGCCAUCCAACAUCUCCUUUUUCACUAGGAAAGGAUACAGACAAGACUUUGGAGAUUGGACACCCAUACUUAACUGGAGAACUGCCGAGAAAAAACUCCCCUGGGGUAUCGUCCUUGUGUUGGGUGGUGGAUUUGCCAUAGCUGAUGUAUCGAGGGUCUCUGGGUUAUCAGCAGAAAUCAGCCGUCAACUGUCAGUUCUUUCAACCAUGAAACCCUGGGUAAUGAGCCUCGUCCUCAGUUUCCUAGUCUCGUUAUUAACAGAAAUAACCAGCAAUGUGGCCACUGCUUCUAUUUUAAUGCCAAUAAUGGAACAAAUGGCCAUUUCUAUGGGUAUGCACCCUCUUUACCUGAUGUUUCCAGCAGCUUUGGCAUGUUCUUUUGCAUUCAUGUUACCCGUGGCAACAGCCCCAAACACAAUUAUAUUUUCCACUGGUCACUUGAAGGUUGUUGAUAUGGUUUCAGCUGGUUUCUUCAUAAAUUUAGUCUGUGUCUUUACGCUGACAUUGGCCGUCCACACAUGGGGCGAAUUAAUAUUCCACUUCAGUGAAGUACCCAGUGCCUUUCUAAUAAAUGCCAACACAACAGUCAACGCCACCACUGCCCUUAAUGGAGGCCACUGAUUGUCAGAAACCCUUUUUUUCAUGGACUUUGUAUUUUGUGUUGCAGACAAGAAAAAGGAUCAGAGAUCAGGGACCAUUUUAUGUUUGAAGAUUCAGAAAUAAAUUUCUAUUUUAAUAUUCACUUCCUGCAUCAGAAUAUACAUACAUACAUGCAUACAUACAUGCAUACAUACAUACACACAUACAUACAUAUAUACAUACAUUACAUACAUACAUACAUACAUACAUACAUACAUACAUAGACACAUUCUUCUCUUUUUUCAGGUUUCAGCUGGUUUCUUCAUAAAUUUAGUCUGUGUCUUUACGCUGACAUUGGCCGUCCACACAUGGGGCGAAUUAAUAUUCCACUUCAGUGAAGUACCCAGUGCCUUUCUAAUAAAUGCCAACACAACAGUCAACGCCACCACUGCCCUUAAUGGAGGCCACUGAUUGUCAGAAACCCUUUUUUUCAUGGACUUUGUAUUUUGUGUUGCAGACAAGAAAAAGGAUCAGAGAUCAGGGACCAUUUUAUGUUUGAAGAUUCAGAAAUAAAUUUCUAUUUUAAUAUUCA